CGUCAUCGUCAACCUCAAAGCACCCACCACCAGAAGCCAACACCCCAAAGCAACUCUACCCAAAAUGGCAUCAGCAGUCCCCCCGCCUCCCACCAUUACAGUCGAAGCACCUUCCAAAACAACUCCACAAUCGAUUCCCGCCUCCGCAUCGACAAUACAAGCCCCGGCGGGCGCAACAAUUCCAAAAGCACGACCUACCAAACCCACUCUGGUCAGGUCAUGCUACCUAUGUGACGAGCAAAACCCAGGCGACUUUUCGCCCACGACCAAAUUCCUCGAGACUUGUCUACUGUGCUCGCGGCACUUUUGUCCCAUCCACAAGUCAGAGCAGUGGGAUACGGUCUGCAAUAUCAACCACAGCCAAUAUUACAAACAGUGUCUGGCCAAAGCCCGCGCUGAACUGCAAAGUCAGGGUAAAGAUGUCGAUAGUGCUGGGAACCGUGGUCUGGCUGAGUUGCUCAUCAAUGAGGGUAUAUACCCCAGUUUGGGCGAGCGGGAGAAGGCGAUUUUUUCGACUAGUCCGGUUGAUAACAAAAAAGUUCAAGAACUCGAACAAUACCGCAGUCUGGACGCUGCUUUGACCGGCUCCAGCACAAAACCCCGCAAUCAAUUGAUCGAGGAGCGGGAUGUCCUUGAGGCCGACAUUGCAGUCUAGAUGUGCUGUUCUUGUCCUGUCCUGUCCGGUCCUAUCCCGUCCUAUCCUGUCGCGUCGAGGUCGUGGGGAGCCAGCCAUGUUUACUAUGUAUAGCGAUAUGAUUGACAAAGAUAACAUGACUCGGGUUUAUCCUUUGAGUUUUGACAAGAGAGAACAACUUCGCUCCUGAUUUGGCAUGUGUUACAUGCAACUGCAAUUCUCUUGGUUCUGUAGUUAUGUAGACCAGUGCAGUGAGAUCAUUCCGAGUUGAUUCACGUGCAAAGUCUGGAGACUUGUCUUGUCUUCAAUCGACAUCCAGUCAAUCAAUCAAU